GGAGAAUACAAGCCGGGCCGAAAUGCAAGCUUAUGCCUAUAAAUCCCCAUGAGCCUCCCUUUGUGGGGUCUUCACUCCCACACUUCACACACACAAACUCCAGUUUUCUUUUUUUGGUUUCCUCUUCCGAUCUUUCUCUUCUUACCUCCAACCCGCCAUAGCCACCACCACCACCGCCUAUCACCACCGCUUCCUCCACCACCUCCUCCUCCCUCAGCUAUCCUUGUCUCCUAUUCUACUUUUCAGCUAAGCCAAAACAGAGGAGCUACCAAAUACAAUUGUUCAAAGUUUGUGUAAGAAAUUAUAAACUCCCAAACCAGUCAGCCACCUUUUGCACUUCCCUUUGGUCUCCCAUUUAGCUUUUCCAGUCUCCGGGAAGAAGAAGGUUAGAUAUCAUUUCACCACACUAAAACUACUGUUUUUUUAAAUCCCUUUCCGGCCACCAGCCCACCAUGCAACUUCUAGGCAAAUUUGAUUUUGAGCACUGGAAUAAGCCAAAAGAAAAAAAAUCAUAAUUCUUUGUCCUGUUUUGAUUUUUUUUUUUCUCAUUUUUUCAGGGGAGCUAAAAAGGAGGUGUUUUCUUUUCUUUAUUUUUUUUUUGGUUUUUUGGGAAUUGAAUUGAUGGCUCCUGAUGGGAGCCUAACAACAACAACACCACCAAAGACUAAAAGCAUAGUAGUAGUAGGUGGAGCCGGAGUCGGAGGAGGAUCGUCGUCAUCGUUGUCGUCGACGUCGAGGCAAACGAUGAAGAAAGGGCCGUGGACGGCGGCGGAGGAUGCAAUCUUGAUGGAGUACGUGAAGAAACACGGCGAAGGGAAUUGGAACGCCGUCCAACGGAAUUCGGGUUUGAUGAGAUGUGGGAAAAGCUGUAGGCUGAGAUGGGCUAAUCAUUUGAGGCCUAAUCUUAAGAAAGGUGCAUUUUCUUCAGAGGAAGAGAAUCUCAUUGUUCAGCUUCAUGCUAAGCUCGGUAACAAAUGGGCUCGAAUGGCUUCUCAGCUUCCGGGAAGAACAGAUAAUGAGAUAAAGAAUUACUGGAACACCAGAUUGAAAAGGCGUCAAAGGGCUGGUUUGCCAAUUUAUCCACUUGAAAUCAGGCCUAACAAUUACCAUCAGGAAAUCCCUCAAAUCAAUAACAUUAUACCAUCUUCAUCUUCCUCAUUGAUUUCUCUUCUGUCUAACAACAACUCUCAUGGUCAUGGACAGAAAUCCUAUUCUUCUCCGAUGUCGAUUUUCGACCUGUUUCAUACUUCUUCACAACCAGCAAUGCACCACCCUCCUCCUCCUCCUCCAUCAUCUCAGGAUUUACUCAAUUCUUCUUCUUCUUCUUCUUCAUUCCUUACCAAAACUAAUCAUAAUGGUCUUGCUCUGUCUCUGUCAUCCUCUGUUAACUCUCUGUUUUCGCCGGCUCCGUCACCGGCUUCUUUCGCCUUCAAUAAUCAUAAUCAAGGGCUAUCUCAAUCCUUGCCCAUGCCUCCCCUGCAGUUCGGUCAUCUCGAUUUCGGGUUACAUUCGAGGCCCUUUUCCGGAUCAUCAUUUGAAUCACAAGAUGGUAAAGGCUUAAGCUCAGAAACAGAGCUUCCUUCAAUCCAAUCACUUGUUCAAGUUAAAACAAGCACCACAACAACUGGCUCUUCUGGUACUGAGGACUAUAUGAUUGCAACAUCAUCCGGCGAUUUCGACGAUCGCGAUCGGAACGAAACAACAGCCACAAUGGAGGGAUUUUCACAGAAUAAUAGUAACAGUGGAUUGUUGGGGGAUUUAUUGGGUGAAUCUCAGGCUCUGAAACGUGCAACUACUUCUGUGAAUGAUGGUGGGAAUGAUGAUGAUCAGAUGGAGAAUGAAACUCCCGAAAAUUUCUUGUGGGAUUACAAAUUAAUGGAAGAUGAAGAGGGCCAGAAACUGGAUUACACUCAUGUUGAAGAUUCAAGUCAUGUUCAUUCAUCCACUGGGGAUGAAAGAAUGAGAACUUUAUCGGAGGAGGAAGGCAAUGUAAAUCCUGGGGAUGAUGAUUUGUUAAGUAUUCUAGACACUUUUCCAGUGACGAUGCCUGAAUGGUGCGAUGGAAAUGGGGGUAAUAAUAAUAACAAUAAGGUUGUAUCAAACGGGCAAUCAUCCGAUUCGGCCGGAAUCAAUGGACCGGAGAAUGAAACUCAGCCGGAAUAUUCAUUUUCUCCGGUGCCUGGUUCUUCUCUUGAUCACAACAAUAACUGGAACAUGGGGGCUUGCAGCUGGAAAAACCUGCCCGGAAUUCACUGAGUUGAUUGAGAGAAUAAGAUUGUAUUUUUCUAGGGGGUCUAAUUGUGAUAAGGGACGAAACUUGAAGGGUGUCAUUAGAAUAUGUUAAAUUCCUUGAAAUAGGUUUACAAAUUAGUGUCAGUUAAAAUGUAGGUCAUUAUUGGACUCCUCAAUUAGCAUUUCUGUAAACAACUAAUUUUUGGUUGUGGACAAAGAUGUAAUAUUGCUUUUCAAACUGUUUUGCUUUGAGAAAUGGAGAUUAACUGAAG